AUGAACGAACUUUUGAUUCGAUCGAAAAGCGGAAUCAAGCUUUAUACAUUUGAAAAAAAUGAUGAUAAAAAGUACAGUAGCAAAAUUACCUUCGAAUAUGAUGGAUGUAUACAUGAUGCCAUUUGGUCGUGCGAUGGGAACUCAUUUCUUAUAUUACAUUCGUUGGAAGGGUUAUUACUAAUCUCAAACUAUGCUGAUAGUGCAAAUAUAAAAGUAAAUAAAAUUACCUGUUUAAAAAGGUACAAAGAAUUAUUUAAUGCAGAUAACAUCAAACUAAUAAAACAUGUACAAUGGUCCCCAAGGAAUGAAUUUGUUGUUUUUUUUUUACCAUUUGAAGAAAAAAAUUAUGUUACAAUAGGGAACCUUUUAGUGUAUAAUGUAUCACAUAAUAAAAUUUUAUGUUCUUUCAGAAUUAGAAAAAAAAUAUGUAGCAAUUGGCCUAUCAUCCAUUUUACAGAUGAUGAUAAAUACUUUUUUUUGGAAAAAAAAUCGAAUAUAUAUGUAUAUGAUACCUUGAAAUUGAAAAAUACAGAUCCAGACAUUCUUCACAAUUUGAAGAAUACAGAUAUCCCGAUGAAUUAUCUCUACACAUGGCAUCAUCCAAAUGUUAUAGCCAUGUAUAUAUCACCUUACGUAAGUGAAAAUUAUGCAAGAUUUUUUAUUGUUCAUACGAAAAAUAACUUCUUAGGGGAUGUAUAUGUAUAUAGAAUUGAAGGCCUAUUAUCAUCUCAAAACCAUGGACAUAUGGAAGAUUGUGGAAAAAGGAAAAAUACAUGUUCAGAUGAUAUCCAAUUGAAUGAAAAUAUGUCUACUUGUUUAGGUAACUCUAGUUUUGGCAUUACUGGUAAUAAUUAUUCCAAAGCAGGAGGAGAAACAACAAAAAUUGACACUCCAAGCGAAGAAAAAAAAGAAGCAUUAGAAAAUUUUGGUGAAAACAAAACUUCUGUCGUAACAUUAGAAUUAUUAAUAAAAAAAAGCUUUUAUAAUUUAGAUAAUCUUAAUUGUAUGUGGUCUCAUAGUGGAAAACAUGUGAUACUUAUGGUAUACACAAACGAUACAACAAAUAAAUCCUACGGUUAUGUAAGUAAUUGUUACUAUUUUUCCCUAUCUUUUAAAAAUAUGUUCAUAAAGAAAAUUAAUGAAAAUAUAGCACAAGAUGUAAAAUGGAAUAAAACAAGUGAUGAAUUUCUCCUAAUCGAAGGAAAGUCAAAUAAUAUUAUCUACCUAUAUGAUCAUACAUUAAAUGUUAAAUUAAAAAUUACCUCUCAAUAUAAAAAUACGAUUAAAUGGUGUCCAUUUGGUAAUAUGAUAGCUCUAGGUGGAUUUGGAAAUCUUGCAGGAGAUAUUAAUUUCUAUUACAAAGAAAAAGACGAUUCAGUUAUUUUAAUAAAACAAUAUAGAGAACCGUGUACAGUAUUAUGUGAUUGGUCAUCUGAUGGAACUCUCUUUAUGACAGCUUCGACAUAUCCAAGAAUGAAAGUUGAAAAUGUUUUUAAAAUUUAUACAUAUGAAGGCAACUUAAUUAAUAGCUUCAGUUUUAAUGAACUUUAUGAUGUCAAGUGGAAGAACACUCUUCCAGGAUUUUUCCCUGAACCUCCCAAACCGCAGGCCAAUCUAAAAGACAACAAACGUAGUGUUUAUAAAAUCAAGUGCUUAAACAAUGAAGGUGUAAAUCGCACGGGAGCAGCUGGAGGGAUAAUGGAGUUGAGCAGCGCUAUAGGAAUGGGAAACGGAAUGGGAAUGGGAAGCAGCAUGGGAAUGGGAAGCAGCAUGGGAAUGGGAAUCACCAUAGGAAUGGGAAGCGGCAUGGGAAUCACCAUCUGUAACAACCUCAGCAAUGGAAACGGAUCUGACGUGCAUGAUGAAAGUUCCUUUAAGCAAAGUAAAGGAGAUAAUUACGAGAAUGAGAAAAUCAAAAUUGGAAAAGUGAUAGCUUCUACCUCGGCUCCCGGUGCUUCUGUGCAAAUAACGGGGACACUCCCACACAACGCUAGUAGGAAGAAGAAGGGUGAGAAGACUAGCAAUGCCUACGACUGGGAUGUCGAUUGGAGGAACCAAGCUGCAUCUGCCGCGGCCGCAGUGCCAGCCGUGCCAGGAGUUUUAACCACAUCGCUAGUUGGCGCAGCUUCUGCAUCUGCUUCUACUCCUGCUGCUACUUCUGCUACUACACCAGCUAGUGCACCUACGAGUGGCGACAAUUUCUCGCCAAAAAGUGUGUGUCCCACGAACAAAGACAGCAAGGUUGGAAGUGUUGGAAGUGUUGGAAGCGUGGGAAGCCUCAGCAAUGUGAACCCCGGCAAUGUGAACUCCAACAGUGUGAACUCCAACAAUGUGAACUCCAACAAUGUGAACUUCAACAAUGUGAACUUCAACAAUGUGAACAGUGGGGAAUCGGUUGAUGAGAAACAGGACAAUGGAAUCACUAACCUUUCAGAAGAUAAAAACCUGGAUAUCCUCGCGAAUAACAAAAACAUUGGUGUUGGUGAUAUGCAGAAUACACUUGAUAAACACAAGAGAGAUGGCUCUAGUAUGAGUAGUACCAUUACGACCGGAUGUAAGGAUCCAAAUGUGCAUACGAAUUCCAUGUUUCAAAAUGUGAAGAGCCAGAAUAUGAGUGUGGCAGAUGACAAGAAGAAACAAAAGAAGAAAAAAAAGGAUAAGGAUAAAGAGAAUAACCAAGACAAUGAAAUGAAGGUCGAAAAGGAUGUAAUUAAAAACAGCUUUACCCCAAAACAAAUUUUAGAAAACAAUCUGCUUGAAUCAUACGCAAGUCAGAAUAUUGAAGACACUACAAACAUUCCGAAUUGUAUGAAAAAAAACAACAAUGAAAUUGGUAUUAUGCAUCCAAAUGGAAUCACCCAAAAUGAUUCCAUCCAAAGGGAUUUCAUCCAAAAUGAUUCAAGCCAAAAGGACUUUGUGCAGAACCAUUUUGAAGAACUCUAUAAAAGCUCUUCCAUGAAUGAAAAAAUGAAAGAAGAGCUGAAGGGAGCUGAUCAGAAGGAGGAAAAAAGAAGCACAGGAGAAGAUGACAAUGCUGAAAAGAAAUAUUCAGCAGAUAGCAACUUGAACGAUGAAAAAGAACAAGAUAUGGAUAAAAAAAAAAAAAAAAAAGAAAAAAAAAAUAAGAAAAAGAAGAAAAAAAAAAAUGAAACAAUACACGAGGCUAAUAAGAACAAUGCUUUUAACAACAUUACCAACGAUGCAAAUACAAUGAUGGUGACAUCACCUCCCAUAACCCCAUCUCCAGAUGUGAUAAAUAAUGAAGCACAACAGAACGUCAACACAUUUACAAGCUUCCUUUCGAAAAUGAUGAAAGGCAAAUCUGGUUUAAACAACAAGCAGAAAUGGAACAAAGAUGUCAUUCCCUCCUCCCCCACUGAUUUUAUCACAUCUGAAUGUUAUCUGUGUGAGAAUAACGAGACUUCUCUCUGCAAUGCAGAAGAAUCAGUAGACAUGAUGGCUAAUAACCCAUCUGAAGAAAACAAUACAUCCACUUUUUUACUAACAAAUGGCACGAAUUGUAGCAGCAUUAAUAAUUCUCCACAUAUCUUAGGCUAUAAUAAGGAAGAAAAUAACAAUAUCUUAAGAAAUAGCGAAAUGUGGAAAAACAAUUUGCAGAAUAAAGACAUUGUUAACUAUGAAGAAUAUGGACAACAUCGCUUUAACGUACCGAAUGAAAACAUUGCAACUGCAUCGCCAUUGUAUAAUCAUCACUAUCUCCAUUUGAAUGAAUUACAAAAUGAAAAAACAGCCGACAGUAAUAGCUCCUCCUUCCCCGUGCUUAGUCAACUAAGUGGGCUGAAACAGAAGAGUAUAAAUAUUAGUAAUAAUAGUAGUAGUAAUAAUAAUAGGAGUAGUAAUAAUAAUAGGAGUAGUAAUAAUAAUAGGAGUAGUAAUAAUAAUAGGAGUAGCAAUAAUAAUAAUAAUACCGAAAUGAACGCGAGCACGUAUCUUCAGCAUGAUUUUGAUGAUACAUCUAAGAGUAACGUCUCUGCUUAUGCAAGCAACAAUCAUUUGUUUCUCGCAAACCAUAUGAACAAAGCUGCGAUGCGCGCACAUGGAAUUAUCGCUGAGGGGUGUGGAGAUAAUACUGUGGGACUUAAUGAUUCCACAUCUAAUGAAUUGAACAUGCGUAGUAACGGAAAUUGCCAUAUUAGAAGUGCAACCCAUGGUGCACACGAUUCAGAUGUGAUGAACCCUCCAAGUGUGAAUCAUCAGAAUAGACAAUCGAAUGAAGAUUUGUUAAAUUUAUUCAAGAAAGUGUUGCCGCAUGCAAAGGUCAACAUUAUUCCAAAGAGUCAAAGUCCAAGUGAAUCAAUCACUAAUCAUCAUACUGGUCAUAUUGGUCAUAUUACACAAAGAACGCAACAUAUUGACAACUGCAGUAGUAGUAGUACCCAUUCUCCAGGAAAGAUUAUUGUGGGAGGAGAUAUUCGAGACGAAUACAAGCAAAUGUCGAGUUUCAAAAGAGAAAAUAUGGAAAUAGAUAUCUCAAGGGGGAAUGAAUAUAUUUCUACAACUGAAGGAAAUACUAGCAGUAAAAAUGCAUAUAGCCAAUAUAACAAAGAUUUUCGAAAUAAAGAAAUGCUAAUGAUGAUGAUGAUGAAGAAGAAGAAACAAGAAAAUGAAAUACAAAAGAAUAAUAAUUCAAUGAUGAAGAACAGAAUGAUGACAUCCAGUCCGGAUAGUUCCAUCCCAAUAAAUAUAAAAACACAUUUACUUAAUUUAGAUUUUUGUGAAUUGUUAAAAUCUUACCAUACUCUUAAUAUACAGCUUAUUCAGUUAAAGAUAUACUGGAUUUAUCACAAAAUUCAGGUUUAUGAUUCUAUGUCUAUUUCAUCCGGUUCUAUGGAUGAAAAAGAAAGUGGAACAUCAAGUUCAGUGAAUGCGAUCAAUAGUACAAUAAACACAAAUGAACACAUUUUGAAAGAAAAAAAAAUUAUAUCAAAAUUGAAAGAAUUAAAAACCCUCUUAGAUUAUGCACACAAUUUAGUGAAGGAUAACUUUGAGAAAAACAAAGAAAAGUAUCAGAAUUUACUUCAACAAUUUGUCGUCAUCUUAAAGCAGCAUGAUAAUCUAUAUCAGCAGAAAAAGGAAAAAAUCAUUAUGAACAAUUCUGAGAAGCAUAACAUUGUGCACUUCAUUUACAAUAUAGAAAAAAUUCUACAAAAAUUUUGCAUACCGACAUAUGAGGAAUAUAUGAUGAACACAUUACCAAUGCAAGACAAUUCUACCCAAUACCUUGAUAAUACAAAUGAGAAAUUAAUACACGUAGAGGAUUUCUCGAAAAAAUAUAAUAAUAAUUACGCCACACAAAAGUGUUCAUCAAAAAAAAAUGGAAAAAACAAUACUAGCAUGAUGGAGAUUCAACAAAAAUUAAUGAUGCAAAAAAAAAUAAAUGAACAUAGUACAUACAACGAGGAACCAUACGAUGGACAAAAUCUAAUUCAAAAUAAAAUAAGUCUCAAUGAAUUUCAGAGGAAUUACAUGCUAAAUUCAGUUCUAUUAAAUAAAGAUGAACAGAUGAAGAAUUUCAUAAAACACAUGAAAGGAGAUAACUUAAAAGAUCUUCCUUCUCCUAUUAGUUAUGGGGGCGACAAGAAUAUCCCAACUCAUGGGUGUGGAAGUGGAAAUGAUGAUGUCAUCAGCACAGCCACCUUUGAGCCCGACGAUGGGGGUGCAUUAAACAGGGACGUACAUGUUAGAAGUGAUCAUCACACAGAGAGUAACAAUGGUGGUGAUCACAAUGGUGGCAAUUACAAUCUUGGUAGUUUGAAUCAUGACAAGGGCAGCACUCACGACAGCUACAUGCACGAAAAUCGUAACAGUAGCAACAGUAUGAACGCAUGUCCAUCUCCCCUUCUAAACAGAAUUAACAGAUCUCUUUUAAAUAAAUUGACCCAGGAAAACACUACCCAUCCAUACACACCCCUCACCCCUACACACGAUAGUAUUCAAGACUUGUCACAGAACUACAACUUCCUUGAAUUAUUGAGAAAAAAAAAACAAAUAGAAUUACAAAGUGGUGUGCAAGGUGGUGAUGUGUGCAACAUUCAGAAUAGCAACAGCUCCCAUAAUAAUACCAAAAGUAGUAUGAAUAAUACCUUGCCGAUCAGAGAAAAUUACAUGACUGCAAAUCCUAUGCUGAACAAAGCAAAUUAUAAUUCUCAUGUAGGGAAGAAGUUUAUUAUCCAAGAUAAUGUUAAUCCUCCUCCUCCUCCUCAUCAUCAUCAUCAUGAAGAUGAUGAUAACAUAGCACUUAAGAUCAAAAGUAUGAUUCUAAUGAGGAAUAAGGAACAGUACCAUGAGCAGAGCCAUUGUUCGGUAGUAUCACCUCCUGCAGAGCAUCUAAAUUACAUUUUUCAAAAUGCCAAGGCUGAUAAAAUUCUACACACAAAUCAGGAGAAACAGGAUUUGAAAACAGAAAAAGUCAUUUCAAUUUGCAGAAAAGAAGAAGGGGAUAUUAUAAUAAGCCCACAGAUCGAGGCCCGAAAACAAGAUAUACAUCUUACUAAACACAAUAAUAAAUACAUUUCUCCAAAUGAUUGUAUCCAUUUUAGUGAUUACAAUGCUCUUCCAAAGAAUAUCAAUAUGAAUAGUGCAGGAAAUAUUAUUAACCCUUCUGAAGCAUUUUCUACUACGAAGGGUAUUAACAUGGCAGGAACAGAAAAUAAUGUUGGUGAAGAAAGUAUCAGCUUAGCAGGGAGAGGAAAUAUGGAUGAUGCUGAUAGCACGAAUGAUUAUAUGAGAAUGUUGAGGAGUGCACAAGGUUUACUUUAUAAGACAAAUAAAAAUGGACAUAAAAAUGAGCACAGAAAUGAGCACAGAAAUGAGCACAGAAAUGAGCACAGAAAUGAGCACAAAAAUGAGCACAAAAAUGAGCACAGAAAUGAGCACAAAAAUGAGCACAAAAAUGAGCACAGAAAUGAGCACAAAAAUGAGCACAAAAAUGAGCACAAAAAUAACCAAUCAAAAUCCAUGAGUCAUAUAAGGGGAAGUUCCACGAAUGAAGAAAAGAAAUCAGAAAAUGUGGAAAAAAUCCAUUUAGACUAUUUUGAAAAGGACAUGAAUGAAACAGUUGAGCAUACCUUAGCUCAUCCCCAUUCACCACAUUCCACUCCCCAAGUUCCAUCGCAGUCGUCUCAAAUACUUAGCAAUAUUCAAAGUAUUUACAAGACGAGUAGCACCAAUAAAAGUAUGAACAGUUCAGGUGAAAAAAAAAAUACAACAUGCAAUUUAUUUGAAAUUGAAGAAACCAAACGCCCGGAUGCUUUGCGGGACAAGUGCUGGCAAUACGUGGAUCCAAAGGGGGUAGUACAGGGACCGUUUUUCCUUGACGAAAUGAGAAUAUGGAGCGAAAUGGGAUACUUUGAACCCAUGCUGCCAGUUCGCUGUUGCGAUUCUGACAGAUUUGUUGCACUGAACAAAUUGUUUCCACCCCCUCACAAACCCUUCACUAUUAUCCCCAAGCCCCAGCCGAUAUUGCAAUGGGACGAAGAGUUAUGA